CCGCGGCUGAGGCCCCGCGAGCGCCGCCCGAGGCUCGCGGCUGCGCCGGCUCCGGCCGCGGGGGAGCCCGGGCCGCCGGGACAUGGUGCCGGGCGCGCCGCGCCGCCGCCGCCGCUGAGCUCCCGGGCCGCCCCUGGCUCCGGCGUCCCGGAGGAGGAAGAUGUUCUCGGCGCUGAAGAAGCUGGUGGGGUCGGAGCAGGCCCCGGGCCGGGACAAGAACAUCCCCGCGGGGCUGCAGUCCAUGAACCAGGCGCUGCAGCGGCGCUUCGCCAAGGGGGUGCAGUACAACAUGAAGAUUGUGAUCCGGGGGGACAGGAACACAGGCAAGACUGCACUGUGGCACCGGCUACAGGGCAAGAAGUUCGUGGAGGAGUACAUUCCCACUCAGGAGAUCCAGGUCACCAGCAUCCACUGGAACUACAAGACCACUGAUGAUGUUGUGAAAGUUGAAGUCUGGGAUGUAGUGGACAAAGGAAAAUGCAAAAAGCGAGGCGAUGGCCUGAAGACAGAAAACGACCCACAGGAGGCGGAGUCUGAAAUGGCCCUGGAUGCGGAGUUCCUGGACGUGUACAAGAACUGUAAUGGGGUGGUCAUGAUGUUCGACAUCACCAAGCAGUGGACCUUCAACUACGUCCUCCGGGAGCUGCCCAAGGUGCCAACCCACGUUCCAGUGUGCGUGCUGGGUAACUACCGGGACAUGGGUGAGCACCGGGUCAUUCUGCCGGACGACGUGCGUGACUUCAUCGACCACCUGGACAGACCUCCAGGCUCCUCUUACUUCCGCUAUGCUGAGUCUUCCAUGAAGAACAGCUUUGGCCUGAAGUACCUGCAUAAGUUCUUCAAUAUACCAUUCCUACAGCUGCAGAGGGAGACCCUGCUGCGGCAGCUGGAGACAAACCAGCUGGACAUCGAUGCCACGCUGGAGGAACUGUCGGUACAGCAGGAGACCGAGGACCAGAACUACAGCAUCUUCCUUGAGGCGAUGGAGGCCCGCAGCCGUGGCCACGCUUCCCCCGUGGCCGCCAACGGGCAGAGCCCAUCCUCCGGCUCUCAGUCGCCCGUUGUGCCGCCAAGUGCCGUGUCCACCGGGAGCUCCAGCCCCAGCACACCGCAGCUGCCCCUGGGCACCCCAUCCGCCUGCCCCGCAGCGCUGCCCACCUGCCCCGCCCCUCCCGUGGAGGCCCCGCCCCCCACCGCCCCCGCCCCCCGGCGCAGCCUCAUCUCCCGGCUGUUUGGGGCCUCGCCAGCUGCGGACGCCAGCCCUUCGCCUCCAGAGGCAGUCCCAGCUACAGAAGCUCUCGAGAGAGUUGAGAACGUCGAGGAGUUUGUUCCUGAGGAUGGCCUUGACCGGAGCUUUCUGGAGGACGCCACCCUGCCUAGGGAGGAGAAGAGGGCGGGGGCCAAGGUGCCGGCGCAGGACAGUGACAGUGAUGGGGAGACCCUGGGAGGGAACCCCAUGGUAGCAGGUUUCCAGGACGAUGUGGACCUUGAAGACCAGCCGCGUGGCAAACCCCUGCUGCCCUCGGUCCCGGUCCCCAGUAAGAAUGUCAGUCUGUCGAGCGAGGAGGAGGCUGAGGUGGCGGCGGGUCACCCUGCAGCCGCCGCCCUAGCUCCGCAGCCACGGCCAGAACCAGAACAAAAGCGUUCCUCCACCAAGGCCAAGUCGCAAACGAAGAUGACUCCCACACAUGCAGAAGCACCCCCCCGGCCGAGCAAGCGCUCUGCCCAGUCGGCGCCCGAGGUCAGCAGCACCAAGCCCCCCACCGAGGGCGUGCACAGACCCCAGGAAGGCAAGGGCGAGCAGGCAUCCUCCUCAGAGAGCGACCCCGAGGGGCCCAUCGCUGCCCAGAUGCUGUCCUUUGUCAUGGACGACCCCGACUUUGAGAGCGAAGACUCGGAUGCACAGCGGAGAGGGGACGAGUUCCCUGUGAGAGAAGACCUCUCCGACGUGACUGACGAAGACACGGGCCCUGCCCAGCCCCCCGUGCCCCCCAAGCCCCCAGCUCCCUCCUUCAGACUGAAGGACGACUCUGAUCUCUUCGGGCUGGGCCUGGAAGAGACAGGGCGCAAGGACAGUAGUGAGGAAGAUAAGGAUGGCAAGCCAUCCUCUAAGGACAAGAAGAAGAAGAAGAAGAAGAGCAAAGAGGAAGAAGAGAAGACCGCCAAGAAGAAGAGCAAGCACAAGAAGAGCAAGGACAAGGAGGAGAGCAAGGAGGAGCGGAAGAGAAAGAGGAAGCCCCCUCGCAGCAAGGAGCAGAAGGCGGCGGCCGAGCUGGAGGCCUUCCUCGGGGGCGGGGCUCCCGGCAGCCGCCACCCCGGGGGCGGGGACUACGAAGAGCUCUAGGCCUGCCCCCGCAGCCGACCCCCGCCCCGCCCCGCUGCCUCCCCCCAGCCGCUGCCGCGUCCCCGUCGGCCUGGCCCACGUGGCGUUCACUCCCAUGCUGGGCGAGGCCCGAGGCCGAGUGCUGGCGGUCAGGCCCACGGGCAGCCGCCACAGGUACCGGGCCGCACCCGGCCGGCCGAGCCUGCUCUGCAGGGAGGGAGGGGCGGCCGGCCGCGGCUGGCCUGGCGGACUGCAGCCAGUCCCCGGCGUUUCUCAGGGAUGUGACAGGCCGAGGAGGGACCCCAAAGGGUCUGUUUACAGAGACGGCGUGGGGCGGCUCGGCGUCUCGGGUGUCCACCACCCAGCCCUGCACCCGCUUGCCCUCCCGAGCUCUCCCCGGGCCCCGCAUGCCCAUCCGGCUCCGCUUCCCGCCCCGCGGCUCGGGCAGUGGAGCCCCGGGCUCCACGGCACGGCCCGCGCACAGGUGUGCCCUGGCAGGGGCCGCCGCGGGCGAGGCUGGCGAGGUCCCGGCCCACAGGAGCUCCGCCGCCCCGUGCGGGGGAGCGGGGGGUGCCCGCGGGGAGGCCCUCAGACACUCCACCAGACCAUAAAGCUCUUGGGUUUUA